AUGUCUGUGCCCUGGAAGCGACUUAUUCGCUUUGUCGCCAACGAUGGGAGGGUGCUCAGGGGCGAGCCCAUUCUUCCACAUGAAGGCUACGAUUUGGGAGACACCACAGAAGAAACAAAGCUCAAGGCCAAUGUGGUUGUUGGAUCUGACAUCUACGAUAUAUCUGGCAAGACCAGAGUUACCGACGAGGUUGUCGUGGUGAAGAAGCUGCUCGGCCCGCUGGCCCCAGAAGACGUGCCGAUCCUGCGAUGCGUCGGACUCAACUAUGCCACUCACAUCAGGGAGGCCGGUCGGAAGCCGCCGCCCUUUCCCUUCAUCUUUUUCAAGCCAAACACAACUGUCUUGGACCACGGCGCCGAUGUAGUCAUUCCUAAGAUAUGUCAGGAUGACCAGGCUGACUACGAGGGCGAGUUGUGUCUUGUGAUUGGCAAGGAUGCUAAAGAUGUGUCAGUGUCAGAAGCGCUGGACUAUGUUGCUGCUUAUACUUGUGGCAACGACAUCUCAUCUAGAAAGCUCCAACGCGACCCUGCUUUUGCGGGCAAUGUGCCCCAGUGGGGGUUUUCCAAGGGAUUUGACACAUUCGCACCCUUGGGGCCUUGCCUGGUCCGGCCUGAUCUUGUCGGAGAUCCCGGAUCGCUCUUGUUACAGACUAGGGUCGACGGCGAAGUGAGGCAGAAGGAGGGGGUCGACGAUUUGCUCUUCGACUGCGCCUACAUCAUCUCGUACCUCUCCUCUGGAACAACGCUACAAAAGGGCUCGGUCAUCAUGACGGGGACUCCGGGUGGGGUUGGUGCGGGUUUCAACCCUCCACGGUGGCUUUUGCCAGGAAACCAGAUGGAAGUCAGCAUCACUAACAUUGGUACGCUGAAGAACGGCGUCAAGUUUGCGUAG